UUCCUGCCCAGGUGAGGCACAUGGGGACCGGCGGAGAGAUGCCGCGGAAGACCGGCAGUCUGGACACAGCGGGGCGGUACCUGGCGGAGUUCGGCCAGCAGGGACAGGUGGGGGAGAGGAGGGACUGGGACAUCAACGAUGCCUCGUUACCGGAGGCCUGUCGGCUGGACCCGUUCCACGAGUGGCCUGACGGGAACGUCCGGCUGGUGUUCGACGCUAGCGACACGGACGCGCGGAAACACGUCAGCGGCUGGGCCAUGCGCAACACCAACAACCACAACUGCCACAUCCUGAAGAAGUCUUGUCUGGGCGUCCUGGUCUGCGCGCUGCACUGCACCACUCCAGACGGAGGGAAGAUCCACAUGCGACCCGCUAUAUGUGACAAGGCGAGGAAAAAGCAACUGGGUAAGCAGUGCCCUAACGGCUCGUGCCAGGGCCGGCUGGAGCUGAUGCCGUGCCGCGGACACUGUGGUUACCCCGUCACGCACUUCUGGCGCCAGGAGAACAACGUCAUCUUCUUCCAGGCCAAAGGAACGCACGACCACCCUCGGCCCGAGCCUAAGGCGUCAGCAGAGGCCAGAAGGAACUUGUCUGGAAGAAGAUACUCUAUCGCAAAGGGGAGGAGUGACUGUCUGUACGAAGGCGCGCAGGCGCAGUACGUGGGUGAGGGCACACUGAAGAGAAGCCGGGCUAAGAUGAUGUCCACCCUGUGGGACCCGAACCCGCUAAAGAAGAUGUGCAUAGAUCCAUUCACAGAUAAAACGCGGAACCUGAUCACAGAGGACCAGUUCUACAUCCACAACUACCCCGCAUUGCCUGAUGGGAAGAUGAAGGAUCACGUCACCCAUGCCGUUACCGAGCCUUACUGCAGCAUGUCCACGUCACCUGUCCUGUACGGGCGGACCCACAAACGGCAGACCAUCUGGGACACGCAGGUAAACAAACCUGCCAACUAUUGCCAUGGCAACGACGCAGAAGUGUGUAGUUCUCCCGUCGCCAUGACGACGUGCUCGCAAGAACAGCGACCGGGCGACGCCAUGCCAAACUCUUCUCCCGACGGCACGUGGGGCCAGCACUCUCCGUACCACCAGCCGGGCGUGCACGGCAGCGCCGGGAACCAACUGUCCGUCUACUCGAACGUCCACGUCCAUCAGCAAUCCUUCCUCGUCAGGUCUGAGACCAUCAUCGUUACCAACAACAACACCUCCUCCAACGGCGCCGCGUACCCUGUGGAGAAGUGGGCGGUGGUAGACGGGCACGGCUCGGACGGCGACACGGAGGGCGUCAUCAGACACAGCGGGACAACUCGCUCGUCCUUCCCAAACAAUGUCAGCCCUUCCAACGCAGUGACCUUCGACUAUCCUCAAGGAGAAGGUUGCCAUGACAACCAAACGUCCACAGACUUACAUCGCGAGAGAUCUCUCCCCAGCAUCGGCUGUUUCAUCCCCGAGACGUCGCCUGGCACGGCGGCCAAUCACGGACAGUCCCCACCGCAUGCGCGGUACGAACAAGCAGCCUCCUACCCACAGGGCAGCAAACCGGAGGACUCACCCUUCUCAGGAGACUCAAGAUGGCUGCCGUGUGGGCGAGACACGGCCAAGUCUGACCCCAUCCCUGUCCCCUCCGUGUACCAGAGCUGUCGGUACGCCAACUCACCCAGCGCCCUGGUCAUGGCCACCACGUCAGGCCCUGGUCACUUCGCCACGGAGUUGCCGCCCAGCGGCUACACAACCUGCGCCUCAACGGCUCUGUCCUGUGUUUGAAGAGCUUGUAAAAAUGGAAACAAACCGACAAAAAUUCGUCCAGGACAGACACUUUUGUACAGACUAUUUGUAUCGGCAGUCGAGUAUAGUUUGUUUACGGUAUUUUGUUUGUUGUGACAUUUAGCGGGGCGUAUUUGUUGACAAAUCGAUCAUGAACCAUUCCUAACUAUUCGCCAAGUUGUGCAAGUCGCUUCAUCCAGAGGUUCAUUGCAACCCAUCAACAGCGUGGUUUUACUGAAAUGGAAACAUUUGGCAAUAUUCACAUUCUUGAUAUCCCGACAAUCCCUCUUAAAACACUUUUAGUAGCUUUUAUAGUCUAUAAAAGUGUAUAUUUCUUUCCAAAACAUUUACGGGGAUGUUCGAGUCUGUUUCAAUCCAUAUUGCUGUCAGUCAUUCACACAUGCGACACGCCAACAAACACCCAAAGGUCAGUCCCGGCCGACCUUAUUGUUCAUCCAAUAGAAAAAUGGCUCAGAAAACUCCCUAACAAAAGGGCGACAUCCUGACAACUACCCAGGGAUUAUACUACCAAUUAUCCCCGCGCCAUUUCUGUCAAAAUUUCCGCCGUGUUCUUGUAAGGUUUCUGGCGCGGAGGGACUCAUUACACGUUGGCGCCGACGUGGAACAAAUCCCGUGCCGCCUUCGGUACAAGAAUAACAAGUGCUGUGUUGUAUUGUGCAGGUAUACCCCUGGGUUCUUCCCACUGCACGUGUUUUACAGAUAGAUCAAACGGUUGUCAAGCAGGGGAGAUACAUGGAAUCAAUGAGAGCUCUUGAGUGCCUUUCGUUAAGUGCGUAGGUUUAUGGCCCAUUUAAUGGUGGGUUAUAAUGUAUGGAUGUUUCAAGAAUCACAAACAUGAGAACGCGUAGAAAAACAUGGAAUCACAAUGAAACGACGUCUAUUAUUGUCUGUCGGAAGAAAAUACCAAGAAGUCCUCCGUACUAUUUAGAAACAAUUAGAUACUUUUGACAGCAAUUUGCAAUAUUUCCAAUUGAAGAAGAUAUGAAGAAGUCCCUUUGUCGUGGACACAUUUUUGAUAUUUAUACAAAAUGUUUGUCUUGUACUUUCUAUCUAGUGUUAUUUAUACAAAAAAUGAGUAAUUUACAUGUUGUAUUUAUUUUUAUCGUAACCAUGACGACAUGGUUGGCAGAUGCUGACGGAAAAUGUACGAUCUGAGCUGAGAAAAAAGCGGAAUGUUUGUGUAUAUAUUGUGAAAUAAACUUGUGAGAUGCCUUACUAUGUAUAUCAUUCCCACGUAUUGCUCAUGUACAGCUAGUGGAAGUUCGUACACAGUCAGCAUUAGUAUCCCGUCAAAUGAAUCAUAUAUUUCUAUCUUAAUUUAUAAUUCAUUAACCAUUAGCAUGCAUGAUUGAUGUCCACUUUGUUCAAAUAUCACGAAAAUGCCCAGGCGGAAACAGACACUUGAUUUCUUAUAUUAACACACAGCAUUGUGGCCUGUAUUAGUUAUCGUGCAUGGAGAUGAGUUAGACACCGACGGUACCGGAGUGACCAGUAGCUUUUGUAAAAUGUGGCAGCAUUGUCGGCUUUUCUUUUCCCAUCGCGAAGUAGUGUCUAUAACCUGUUAUCUUGCUGUUCAAUGUGCCUGACUGUGCUAUACUAUGGUAAGAUAAUAGUACAUGUAAAGCUCUAUUUAGUGCAAUGAUUCCUUUGUUAGUCAGUGUGCGGUCACAUAAGUCGUACGAGCGUCUUGCGAUCGCAAAUUGAGGGCAUUCUUGGUAAAGUCGUGCAAAAUUUACCAAUCUUGUUACGGAAAAGUUUGUAGUCACAGCUUGCUUGGAAAACAUUACGGAAUGAAAAUCGGCGACCUACGACGAAUGUGACCGCGCCGUAAGAGACACUUGUGUUGUUAGCUUUAUGUCUAGGCUGAUGCCUAUCUAGGAGGAAAGGAGUUUCGUACAUGGUGUUGUAGCCAUUUGACAGGGACCA